GUCACGGCAUGCGCUGGCGUGGCGCGAGGGUGUUGCACUCCCGGGUUAUUCUGUGUAAUCGCCAUCUUCGCUGAUGUCGUUGCUGCACGACCCCGUCCACCUGGACGACAGCCCGGGAGACAUGCUAGACGCAUUAGUAGCGCUUCGCGGGCUCCACGAGCUGGCCAUCGAGGAGCCAGAAGACGUAUAUUCGGCUCAACACGCCGACUAUAUAAUCGCGGACUACAUGGAAAAGAUUGGAACGCGCAUAAGUUUGUUGGAAACGGAGCUCAAGUUUGCAUGGCGAGCACUAGACCUGUUGUCUGGCGAGUACGGCAAAAUGUGGCAGCGUUUACAAAAACUUGAAACACUUACGGUGGAGCAGCAGACAGUUGUGGGAAAUCUCAUGGCACUUCAUAAGGCUGCCGAGAUGGUUAAGACGGACAAUGUGGACACUAAAGAAUUUGAUGUAUUACUUGAGGACCUCCAAAAAGAAGCGUUAGCAGCUGAGCCCGCUUUUAAGGAUGCAGCCCCACUAGGGAUGAUUUACGAAGAUGGCGAGGAUUUGGAACAAACUUGGUUAGCUCGCCGGGAGCGCAGAAAGCGUUCAAAAGCACAUAAGAGCGAAAUGGAGAUGUUGAGCAAACUUGUGGUAGCUGACAAGGCGGGUGAACGUACAGUGAAUUCAAUUCUUGAGGAAUUAUUGAAAGUUGAAGAGAUUGCAGCCGUCACAGAAGAGCAACGGGGAGAACUAGAAGCCUUAAUUGGACAAGAGAUGGCUUUUUUCGAACGUGUCAAUAUGGAUGGGAAUUUGCUCUUUCUACUAUUGAAUCCCUUGGGAACAGGCUGCGUGGUGGAGCGUUUGCGUAGAAAUAUUGGUACACUAAAACGUUUACUGGGUGGGCAGUUUUUUGCCCAGGGCACAUCCCUCGGCCAGCCGGGGACGGUGCCGGCAGACGGUAGGCUGGACAAAAUUGAUAUCAAUAGCAACCAGGUGCAUGAUAGCUAUAGUGGCGACGAGUACAUUCAGUCAUUGCGUAAGAGCCUCGAGCGUCACAAUAGUAUGAUGUUUCUAUUGCAUCUCCAAAACCCAUGCAGCGAUAUGGCGCUGGUGCUUGAGGCGCCGCCGGGUGACGAAAGCCCACCACCACCGGCGCCAGCGGCAGACGAGUAUGCUGACUCCUCAUCCGGCAUCAGCACGCGCUCACCUACAUCACCGUAUCGAGAGGUUGUGCCUAGCCGGCCUAUUUCUUCUACAUUCGAGCAGAAAAGCAUAUUUCGAUCGCCUUAUCCGGACGUAAUACAAGAACCACGGUACGACCAUCAGCGACUUCUGGAAAGACUUGUAUAUUAUCCCGAAGCAAAGACAUGGUCAGAACCCCCGCGACCUAAGUAUAUGUCGCGCUUAACUCAGCUAUUGCCCGAAAUUAAAAUUCGGCGCAUUACGCGCCGUCACCGCUCACACAGUUUACCAGCAGGCGUGGACGAACCCGAAAAGGUCACAUCAAAGAAGAAAAAGCGUAGUCUCGCUGCUACAAUGUCCAACAUAAUGGCCCGGGCCAAGAUAUAUCGGCGUCACAGUUUCUCGCUACCGCCAUCUGAUACUGAAGCGAUGGCAUCUGAUGACAGUGGCAGCGAGGCUGUUCGCGAUUCGGGUGUAUCCUCUAAAAGUGAAAGUCAAGACAAGUUUAUCUUCACGAGCACAAGUAUGGAAUUUGCUGUGAGCCGGAAAAUUGGACGCUUGAGACAAAAAACUGUAACAGAUGAAAGUGAGGCAGAUACGCUUUGCGAGGUGAGCGAAACAUUAUCAUCACCGCCACCAAAAGUAGCCAGCUUGGAAGUUCCUGGCGAUGAAGACAAUCGAAGUCAACUUUCUUGGCGAACUAUGUCCUCACGUAGGCAAAGUACUGAGGACAGUAUAGAUACAGACGAUGAAUACUUUUGCUAUGAGUUACGAAUGCUGGAGGAAAUGGAGAAACGUACCCAUACAACACAAGCAGAACAACAGAAACUAACAGAGCCUGUAUUGGAGCCGUUAUUGGAACCACCUGACCACGUGCGUUGUGCAAUGAAUGCUGUGCUAUCCGAGCUUACAUCUACAGUAGAACCAUACGAAGAGCCAUACGAAGAUGCUCCACUUGAAAGUGACAUAGAAUUAUCAUCACCGGUACCAGAGUUCUCAAGCGAGAGUUCAGGUGAAACCUCUGGUCCGGACUCUGCCACUAAAUCAGAAGAUGAAGACAAACGUACACCAGAACCGGAGCCAUCCAAAUCUCCGCUACCCGAACUCAUGGAAUCAGAUAUCAUGGAACAACCUGAAAUACCGGUUGAAGAUACGCCAGCCGCGUCACUGGGUAGCAGUAAAUGGCGUCUGUUAAAAACUUUGAAGGAAAAGAAAAUCGAGGAAAAAAACAAUCAAGAAAAGAUGCGUGAGGAGGGGGCCACCAAGGAUAAGGAGAAAGUAAGAACUCUCACUGCACCUGAGAAUGGAAGCGGAACUUGUGAUGGAGUGGGUCGUGGAAAUGGUCAUCCAGGCGAUAACCCUUUCUAUAGCAACAUUGACAGCAUGCCAGACAUCCGUCCACGACGGAAAUCCAUUCCUCUGGUGUCAGAACUGACAAUGGCUGCUACGAAGAGGAACGCCGGACUUACAUCAGCAGUUCCACGAGCAACACUUAAUGACGAAGAGUUGAAAAUGCAUGUGUAUAAAAAGUCCCUGCAGGCGUUGAUUUACCCCAUAUCGUCAACAACGCCGCAUAACUUUGUUCUGUGGACGGCGACAUCACCAACGUAUUGUUACGAGUGCGAGGGACUGCUAUGGGGCAUUGCUAGACAAGGAGUACGAUGCACUGAAUGUGGUGUAAAAUGUCACGAGAAAUGUAAAGAUCUACUUAACGCCGACUGUCUCCAGCGCGCUGCUGAAAAGAGUUCCAAACACGGCGCAGAAGACAAAGCUAAUAGCAUUAUAACUGCCAUGAAGGAACGCAUGAAACAACGUGAGAUCGAAAAACCGGAAAUAUUCGAGCUUAUAAGGGCUGUUUUCAGUGUUGAAGAGAAAAGCCAUGCUGGGCAUAUGAAAGCCGUAAAACAGAGUGUUCUGGAUGGUACGAGCAAGUGGUCUGCCAAAAUUGCAAUAACAGUGAUUUGUGCUCAAGGCUUAAUUGCCAAGGACAAAAGCGGUACCAGUGAUCCCUAUGUCACUGUCCAAGUAAGCAAAGUGAAAAAACGCACACGCACAAUGCCUCAGGAGUUGAAUCCUGUAUGGAAUGAAAAGUUUCACUUUGAAUGCCACAACUCGUCAGAUCGUAUAAAGGUGCGAGUGUGGGAUGAGGACAAUGAUCUCAAGUCAAAGCUCAGGCAAAAGUUGACUCGCGAAUCAGACGAUUUCUUGGGCCAAACAAUAAUUGAAGUGCGCACAUUGAGCGGCGAGAUGGAUGUGUGGUACAAUUUGGAAAAGCGCACAGAUAAGUCAGCCGUCUCGGGUGCUAUACGUUUGCAUAUCUCUGUAGAGAUUAAGGGUGAAGAAAAGGUGGCGCCUUACCAUGUACAGUACACUUGCUUACACGAAAAUCUGUUUCACUACUUAUGCGAGGAGAAUACUGGCAUGGUGAAGCUACCUGCUAUGAAGGGUGAUGAUGCGUGGAAGGUAUAUUUUGACGAGAGUCCAGAAGAAAUAGUUGAUGAGUUCGCUAUGAGGUACGGAAUUGAAAAUAUUUACCAAGCGAUGACCCACUUUCACUGUCUUUCAACGAAAUAUUUAUGUCCGGGUGUACCGGCUGUCAUGAGUACACUACUGGCCAACAUAAAUGCCUACUACGCUCAUACGACGGCCUCGUCGGCAGUAUCGGCGAGUGAUCGAUUUGCGGCUAGUAAUUUUGGCAAGGAGAAAUUCGUAAAACUCCUGGACCAAUUGCACAAUAGCUUACGAAUCGAUUUAUCCAUGUAUCGCAAUAAUUUCCCCGCUUCCAGCUACGAAAAACUUAUGGACCUCAAAUCAACUGUUGACUUACUCACAAGUAUUACCUUCUUCCGCAUGAAAGUGCAAGAGCUUAGCAGUCCACCACGUGCUAGUACUGUUGUCAAGGACUGCGUGAAAGCUUGCCUCCGAUCAACAUAUCAAUUUCUUUUUGAAAACUGCUAUGAACUAUACAAUCGUGAGUUCCAAGUGGAUCCUAAUGAAGCAAAACGCGACCCAGAUGACCACGGACCAAAAUUGGACAGCGUGGAUUUUUGGCAUAAGUUAAUUGCGUUAAUCGUGAGCGUAAUCGAAGAAGAUCGCAAUAGCUAUGGUACUGUUCUUAACCAGUUUCCGCAAGAGCUGAACAUUGGACAAUUGUCGGCGGCAACAAUGUGGAGUUUGUUUGCUGUUGACAUGAAGUAUGCGUUAGAGGAGCACGAACAACACCGUCUUUGUAAGUCAUCGGCCUAUAUGAAUCUGCACUUCAAAGUAAAGUGGCUCUACACUAAUUACGUACGUGAGGUUCCACCCUACAAGGGUGCCGUGCCCGAGUACCCCGCCUGGUUCGAACCUUUCGUUAUGCAAUGGCUAAAUGAGAACGAUGACGUAUCAUUGGAAUAUCUCCACGGCGCCUUCAAUAGAGAUAAAAAGGAUGGCUUCCAGAAGAGCAGCGAGCACGCUCUUUUCUCUAACUCUGUAGUGGAUGUGUUUACACAACUAACACAAUGCUUCGACGUUGUAUCAAAACUAGAAUGUCCUGAUCCAGAAAUUUGGAAGCGUUAUAUGAGACGCUUCGCCAAGACUAUCGUAAAAGUUCUAAUCGCGUACGCUGACAUUGUAAAGGUAGAGUUUCCAGAUCAUAUGGCAGACGAGCGCAUUGCGUGCAUUUUAAUGAACAACAUCCAGCAGCUUCGGGUGCAACUAGAAAAGAUGUUUGAGUCUAUGGGAGGAGAUAAGUUGGAAGAGGAUGCAGCGAACAUUCUCAAAGACUUGCAGCAAAAUCUUAAUACGGCACUCGAUGAUCUAGCUUGCCAAUUUGCCAUUAGUCUAGAACCGAGGAUCACUGUAAGCGUGAAGGAAUUAGGAGAUCUUCUACUAUCCAUCCGCGGAGGAGGUUCCGUAGCUACGCCUGGUCAGAAUGCACCUAGGAAUACAGUGGCAGUGGAAGCUGAUGAAGUGCUUAGACCACUUAUGGAUUUGUUGGACGGCUCAUUGACACUAUACGCAGAAUCUUGCGAAAAGACAGUACUGAAACGAUUACUCAAAGAGCUUUGGAAGAUAGUCAUGCGCAUUCUUGAAAAAACUAUUGUUUUACCACCCAUGACGGAUAGAACUAUGAUGUUUAAGAAUUUAACAGAUAAUGCAAAAAAUCUAGCAGCGAAUGCGAAAAUUGAAGACAUGUCUCGCCUAUUUAAGAAUCACAUGGCCGGUAAGCAGGAUGUGAAAAAUGCUCUCAGCGGUGUGAUGGAUAUCUCUAAAGAAGUUGAAAAAAAUCUAUCACCAAAACAAUGCGCUGUGCUCGACGUAGCUCUGGACACCAUUAAACAAUAUUUUCACGCAGGUGGAAAUGGGUUAAAAAAGACCUUUUUAGAGAAAUCACCGGAAUUGCAAAGUUUGCGCUAUGCACUUAGUCUUUAUACGCAAACUACAGACACACUCAUCAAAACUUUUAUUACUAGUCAAAUUCACGAAGCUCCCGAAAAUCCAGAGGAAAGUGUUGGGGAAGUAUCCGUUCAAAUUGACUUGUUCACCCAUCCGGGCACGGGAGAGCACAAAGUUACUUCAAAAGUUGUUGCCGCCAAUGAUCUCAAGUGGACCAUUCAGUCGGGCAUGUUCCGACCCUUCGUAGAGAUCAACCUAAUAGGACCACAUUUACAAGAUAAGAAGAGAAAGCAUGCGACAAAAUCAAAGUCAAACAACUGGUCACCUAAAUACAAUGAGUCAUUCCAUUUUGCCAUCGGAAACGAGGAGCAGCUGGAUUUCUUUGAGUUACACAUCUGCGUGAAGGACUAUUGCUUUGCUCGCGAGGAUCGUCUCGUAGGCGUAGCUGUGCUACAGCUCAAGGACAUAAUCGAGCAGGGUUCCUGCGCGUGCUGGCUUACCUUGUCUAAGCGUAUUCAGAUGGAUGAAACGGGUUGGACUAUUCUACGAAUUUUAUCGCAGCGGAACAAUGAUGAGGUUGCCAAGGAAUUUGUGAAACUAAAAUCAGAUAUUCGUCAGGAGCCGCCACUCGUCCAGCAAUGAAUAAUUAAGUGGAUUGAUAUAAAUAAACUAUCUUACUAUCGUA